UUGUUUUUGCUCAGCCCAGCUUGCCAUGUAUUUAAGGUCAGGGGUGAGCAGUGUGUUCCUAGUGCUGCAAGCAGCAGGUUGGACUCCUGUUCGGCGGCCUCUGGUUUUAACUCAGUGUUGCCGCCACCAUGGCUUCUCAAAACCUAUCUCUGCCACCUCCAGCACCUCUGCUAAAGCCACUGUCUGUUCCAGACAGGUUAUUGCUGGGCCCUGGGCCCUCCAAUUGCCCUCCCCGGAUCUUGUCUGCAGGCUGUCGACAGCUCAUAGGACAUGUCCACAAAGAGAUGAUCCAGAUAAUGGAUGAGAUCAAGCUUGGAAUCCAGUAUGCAUUUCAGACACAGAACCCUCUCACAUUGGCUGUCAGUGGCACCGGCCAUUGUGCCAUGGAAGCAGCUUUCUUGAACAUGGUGGAGCAGGGAGACAAAGUGCUCAUAGCUAUGAAUGGAUUUUGGGGUGAACGUGCAACUGGCAUUGCCAAAAGACUUGGUAUCAGACGUUCAUCAGCUAGUAAAGGCCCCUGGAGAGUGUUCACUCUAGAAGAAAUAGAAAAGGGUUUAGUGACAACAUCCCCCUUUUUAUUUUCAUUCACACAUGGAGAAUCCUCCACUGGAGUGCUUCAGCCUGAUGGCCUUGGAGAACUCUGUCACAGAUAUAAUUGUUUACUACUGGUGGAUGCUGUAGCAUCACUGGGUGGAGCUCCAAUUCUUAUGGACCAGCAAGGAAUUGACAUCCUCUACUCAGGCUCCCAGAAAGUCUUAAAUGCACCACCUGGUGCUUCACCCAUUUCUUUCAGCCAGAGAGCAAGGUAAGCAAAAAAAUAUUUGCUUUGGGGAGAUGUUAUUUCCAACUGGAUGUUAGGCAAGUCAAUGCUUUAUAGAAGACAGUCAUUGAGAUACGGGAAAUGAUAGGAGGCUCAUUUCCCUCCUAAAGACACUGAGCUGGAUCCAAAAAUGGACUUCCAUGUGCAGAAGGGGUCCUCAGCUAACCAAAUAACUGCUUUAUACCUUGGCACUAAAGUGUUGUGAGAGAAGAAUGAAGCUCAUCCAAAAAUGCUCUUCAGCUUCUGCAACAGCUUGUUUAUGCUCUACAUAAACUCUACAAAUUAUCAAAAAUGCCAUGGUGUUUUCCUACCAUUCCAUUCUUUGGGUUCAACUCACUGAACUAAGUGACCCCCACAUCUCACAGAAUUCAACCUCUGUGCCUUCUUGCAAGCUCCAGGUUCAAGCACCUCAUAUUAUCUACAUUUUCCUGCUUGUUUCUAACAAAGGGGCUAAGUGAGGCCACAUGGCAUUGAAAAUCCCACAUGAAUCAAUUCCACUGGGCAAUACUAUUAUAUACAUCCCAAUCUCCCAACUGUGAGUGGUUUCCAUGGAAUAAAAGUCACUGGAAAGUAAUGGCAUUUGUGAUCUAAAGCUGA